UAUAGAGAAGUCAUCGUAAUCAUUGUAGUCAUGAUAUCAUUAUGCAGUGGAAGUUGCUUUCAGAAGUCCUACUCAUCAUUUACCAUCACGUGCAUGUAGAUGACGAAGCCGUGGCGUGUAUCGCUCCCUUUUUGAUCACCUGACUUCGGAUGCCGCCAUGACGACAACCUCAGCAGAAACUUUGACUAAUGGCGAUUUACCAUUUAAUCCCAUUUCCUUAAUCGAUCAAAUCUUAGUCAUAACUCAAAGUUACAUCAUGCUUGGAGUGCUUUUCUUUGGAUUGUUGGGCAAUGUUUUGUCCGUGGUGAUCUUUUAUCGCACAAGGAAGCGCGCGGAUGCUUGCAUUCAGUACCUGAGUUGUCUCGCUGUGUCAGAUACCGGUGUUAUAAUCGGGUUCGGGUUUACCGAGUGGGUUGCCUUUGGUCUAAACCAUCUCACCAACGGUGAGAUCUCUUUUAACCUCAUGACGUACAGUGGAUUGUCCUGCAAGCUACAACAAUUCGCCAUGCAGCUCUCAAUGUGCAUCUCUGCAUGGAUCAUCGUGUCUUUCUCCUUGGAGCGAGCGUACGUCGUCUGGUACCCACUUCAACGCGCCAAAAUCACUCCGAUGAAAAGGAAUACAGUGAUCUUACUUGUUUGUGUGCUGUCACUGUUGGUAAGCGUACACAGACUGUUCGUUCUUGACACUAUUGAAGGGACACCCAUUCUUUGCUUCUACGCACUAGACCCAAGAGCAGCAUCUAUCAUUUGGCAGCUGGACAUAGCAUUAUUUAACUAUAUUCCGUGCUCGUUGAUCUUUUUAGCAAAUAUUUUGAUACUGAUUGCCAUAUUUCGUUCCAGGGACAAGGGUUUGCGGGUUACCACCCAUAAGACUCAAAAUGAGGGUAAAUUGCUGGUGUCCCUAAUGUUAGUUUCUACCCUUUAUGUGUUUCUGCUGAUGCCAAUGACGACAACUUUCACCUUUUUAUCAGAGAGGCGCGACAGCUUGACACAGGACCAAGCAGUUUUACUAUACUUGGUUGUGAAAUUCUUCACCCAUAUCUGUAUGACGAACUACUGUAUGAACUUUAUCAUUUAUGGCUUUACAUUGUCAUUUUAUCGCGAGGAGGUAGUAAAGAUGUUCAGGUUUGCCUCAUGCAUGCCAGGCCCACUAGCCCAUGUAACAUGAGGAACGCCAGACUACAUUGAUCCGCAAUUGGAUGGAAAUCGAUUGAAAAUACCACUUGCAAAUUCUGAGUCAUAAAAAGUGUUUCGGUCAAAAUAAGCUGCUUUCUGGUAUGGAGAGAAGGAUAAAAAGACACCAACAAACCCAAGCUCGGCGAUGGAGAACUCAAGUGUCGGCGACCCGCUACCUCUGGACAUUACGGAAAGGAUUGGCUUAUUCGCAGCUUUGUUUCCUAGGAGAUCGCUGAACUUAAGCGGAUUCAAACUUGAAUUCAACAAUGACAUUGAGGUGCCUAAAAGUAACAACGAUUGGGUGUUAUUCAUAAUAUAUGGCUGUAUCAUGUGCACUUUGAACAUUUUAGGCAUCAUCACGAACUGCAUCACAAUUUAUGUGUUUACCAGAUAUCCAACAAAAUCAUCAACGUAUAUGCUUUUACAAAUAAUGGCUGCUGCUGACUCCAUGUUUUUGAUUUUUAGCAUUCUAAAUUUGUCCAUCCCAAACAUUUAUAACUUCGUUAGCUCGUACACUAGUUAUCUUGAGACUUGGGUCCACUCGCUGCAAUAUUUGAAAGGAUUCCAUGAGAUCUCGCGAGACUACGCAGUAUGGAUGGUUGCCAUAAUAACCGUUGAUCGUUACAUUGGAAUUUGCCAUCCAAUGAAAGCAACGCGGAUUAACACCGUAAGACAUGCUGUCAUUGUCGCCGUUGGACUACUUUUACUACUUGCGGCUUUCAACGUCCCAAUGUUCAUGUUGAUUAAGGUCAUUGAGAAAACCUCGGAAAAUGGACAGUUAACAUGGACAAAUUCCGACCUCGCUAAGGAUGAAACAUUCAGUAAGAUCUAUUUCAUAACAGACGCUGUAAUAAACCUUCUCGUCCCCAUCGUUUUCGUCAUCACAAUGAACGGUGCAAUUAUAAAAGUUAUAACCAGAGCAAGCCAACAGCGAUCGGCGAUGACGAGACAGUUAAGUGAAAACACCAAGCACUCUUAUCGGACAAACAUCAUGUUGGUCAUUGUCGCCAUUCUGUUCGUACUCUGCGAAGUUCCGAAGAUAGUGGAACAAGUCCUCUAUUUCACCGGACGUGAACUAACUUUCGUCGAGUAUGAAAAUAACAUUCCGUUACCAGUUGGCGUUGCGUCCGAAUUUCUCCAAAAUUUUAACUCUUUUGUCAACUUCUACGUCUACUGUUUAGUAGGGAAAAAGUUCCAGCGAAUCAUGGGAACCAUGUGUGGCUGUCACUGUAAGUGUUGUGGUGGUCAUAGAUUGUCUACUAACCUGGACAGCUCCAUCAACAAGACGAUGUCAUUCCGCUUGACAACCAUUAAAAAGAACCGAUUAAGUUCGGAGAAAUCGAAUGGGCAGUCUUCAGCGUAAAACAGUGCGAACUAAACUCCCCGAAGUUUCUUCUGGCUUAUUCUGCAGAACUGCCCACGAUGCAUGUAUGAAAAUGGACGCUGGGGGUGAGAUUAAUUCGAGCGUAAUGAGUGAGGUUUAUUCACUGGCCUUUGUCAGGACUACAGCAGUCGGAGUCUGACAAGGAUGCCCACUAUCUCCUGCACUCGCCAAUAUGUACGAGGCAGAUAAGUUAAACAAAACCAAAGGGACGCAGAUCCUUGAGGGACAUGGGUUCGCUUGGGGGAAGGGCAUUUCCUAAUCCAGUGAUGCAUACCCGUCCAUUUAGGGCAGGUUUUUUUAAAUUCCAUCUAAUGUAUACGUGCAUACGUGUAUAUACUUAUAGUAAGACGUUGCAUUGAAGCACUUUAAUGAAACAUCCAUCCAUUUAUACUUGGCGUAAAUUAUUUCCUCCUGGUUUUGGUGAACAGCUCAGAGAAUUAACAAUGUAUGAACCUGUAUAAAUGUUUGUAUUUCUAGAGCGGAAGUUUUUGUAUCAAUAAUCAGCAAUUCACAACUGAUGGUAAGUUAUAAGAAUUAGUGUGGAUGUGUCCUUUUUAAUGCAUGGACAACAGUAUAGAAUGGUUUCAGGCUUAUGGCGAAACAGCGGUCUCGUGAUCAUUUUCCAAGUUUGCCUAUAUACCCAGGGCAAAGUAGUCGGCUUUUUUGCUUUGAUAAAGUUACAGUUGCUCGAGUGAACUGAAGUACCAAGAAGCAGAGCGGUUGUCAUACCCACUUGGAAAGCUUACCGCUUGACAAAUCUAAUAGCAGAUAAGUUUAUAGCUCAUCAUGGGCACUGAGGAAUGCUCUGAUGUGACAUCUACCAAACAGGCUGUGGCUCCCAUUGCCCACGGAGCUUGGACCAACGAACUUAACUGAACUUAGGAGGAGACCACACUGGUUAAGUUGGUUCAACUUAACACCAUCAUUUUGUUUCCAAAUCAGUUUAAAGUUAAUGGGACCAAUCUGCUCAUGGUAUAGGUUUUGACGCACGUUCUUAUAAAAUUAAGCUUGCAUUAAGUGAUUGCAGCAACACGUUUCUGUUUAUUUAAUUUUAUUAGUUUCAUUAACUCACAUGUCCUAUAAAAUUACACAUGUAUGUCAUGUUGGUGUCGCUUGCGGCUGUGAUUCUAGCAAGAGGUUGUAGAUGAUAAUGUACCGAGUGUAACAACUGUACGUGUAGCUGUGUAUAUCAAGCAUAUGAAAAAACUAUGUUGUAUAUAUUCAUGUACUAACUCUGACUCAAAUAAAGUCA